AGAGUUUAAUUGACGAGAACGCCUUAAGGAUGAACGACAUAGACUUGGAGCGGAGCAACCUUAAGCCGGCCAUCAGCUACAUCAGCACCUCACUCCAUGAGGCUGUCAAGCUUCGUCUGGAUGUGGGUGCGACGGGUGCUAUGGCCGAGGUGCCACCGCAGACCAUACCCCGUCGCUUCCAGGACGUGUGCCAGCAGUACGCGGAUCACCCGGCCCUGGUCUGGGAGACGCCCGGCAAGGGGACAAAUGGCUGGACCACCCUGACCUAUGCCGAUUACCAGCGCAGAGUGGAACAGACUGCGCUAAUGCUACUUGAUGCUGGAUUAGAGGAGCGCAGCUCGCUGGGCGUCUUGGCCUUCAAUUGCCCCGAAUGGUUCUUUGCCGAGCUGGGAGCACUGCGAGCUGGAGCCGUUGUGGCUGGCAUUUAUCCCAGCAAUUCGGCGGAGGCAGUGCGUCAUGUGCUGGCCACCAGCGAGGCCACCGUCUGCGUGGUGGACGAUGCUCAACAGAUGGCCAAGCUGAGAGCUAUCAAAGAAAAGCUGCCACGCCUGAAGGCAGUCAUUCAACUGCACGGACCCUACGAGGCAUUUGUUGACAAGGAGGAAGGCUACUACAGCUGGCAACAGCUCGAGGAGAAGACUUACUCGACUGCCCUCAAGCAGGAGCUUCUCGCAAGAGAGAGUCGCGUUUAUGCCAAUGAAUGCGCCAUGCUGAUCUUCACCUCGGGAACUGUGGGUCUGCCCAAGGCUGUGAUGCUCACCCACGACAGCAUUGUGUUCAACGCCAAGUCCGCAUCUGCCUGCAUGAAGGACGUGCAGGAAGGAGCAGAGAGCAUGGUCAGCUUUCUGCCACUCAGUCAUAUUGCUGCUCAAAUAUUCGAUGUCUUCCUGGCCCUCGAGCACGGCGGUUGCGUCACAUUUGCCGACAAGGAUGCCCUCAAGGGAACUCUAGUGCGAACCUUCCAGAAGGCCAAGCCCACGCGGAUGUUCGGCGUGCCGCGAGUCUUUGAGAAGUUCCAGGAGCGUCUGGUGGCAGCGGAGGCCAAGGCCAAGCCUUACUCCAGGCUUCUGCUGUCCAAGGCCCGCGCCGCAGUGGCUGAAUACCAACUAGCCGUGAUCGCAGGUGAGAAACCUUCGAUCUAUGCCACUACCAAAUACUGGCUGGCCUCACGCAUGAUCCGACCCAUCCGUCAGAUGAUGGGCCUGGACCAUUGCCGAAGCUUUUUGACCGGCGGUGCUCCCACCUCCGAUGAGAUGAAGAACUUCUUCCUGGGCCUGGACAUAGCUCUAGGCGAGUGCUACGGCAUGUCAGAGACUGGCGGUGCCAUCACCCUGAACACGGAGAUCUCGAACCUUUUCAGCUCAGGCCAGCCGAUUGCCGGUGUGGAGGUGAAGGUGCAAGAGCCCGAUGCCAGUGGCAAGGGCGAGAUUGUACUGCGGGGACGCAGCAACUUCAUGGGCUACCUGGGCCAGCAGGAGAAGACCGAGGAGACCAUCAAUGCGGACGGUUGGCUUCUCUCUGGUGAUCUGGGCUACUUUGACCCGCACGGCAAUGUGGUUAUCUCCGGCAGGCUCAAGGAACUCAUUAUCACGGCUGGCGGCGAGAACAUUCCGCCCGUUCACAUCGAAGAACUAAUCAAGAAGGAGCUGCCCUGCGUAGCCAAUGCUCUGCUGGUCGGCGACCAUCGUAAGUAUCUCACAGUUCUGCUGUCCCUGAAAACAAAAUCCGAUCCCGCAACGGGCAUUCCGUUGGAUGGACUGCGGGACGAGACCAUCGAGUGGCUGCACGAGCUGGACAUCAAUCAGACGCGUCUCUCCGAGCUUCUCAACAUUCCUGCCGACCUGCAACUGCCCAACGAAACGGCUGCCAUAGCCGCAGCUCAACAGAUAGCGGCGGAGCCCAAGCUCCUUGAGGCCAUCGAAGCGGGCAUCAAGCGGGCCAACAAGAAUGCCAUUUCCAAUGCCCAACGCGUGCAGAAGUUCGCCCUCAUCCCGCACGAGUUCUCACUGGCCACUGGCGAGCUGGGACCCACACUCAAGAUCAGGCGGAACAUAGUCCAUGCCAAGUACGCACCGAUUAUAGAGCGUUUGUACAACUGAAAGAUUUCCUAGUUUAGGAUUACAUUUUAAUGAACUUUGGCACUUAUACUCGUA